AUGCGUUUCUCUACCGCUCUCGUCGGCCUCUUUGCUGCCUUUGCCGCGGCCCAGUCCACCACGUCGACGUCGACUACCGGAACCCUUGUGGCCACGUCUACCUACAGCCUCAGCCCGGCCGAGUCCUCGUACGAGGCGGCCAUCGCCACGUGCCUCGCUGCCUGCGAUGCGAGCGACGUCUCGUGCCGGGCCAAGUGUGUUUCCGUGAAUGCCACCACCGCGUGCGUUGCCGCUUGCCCACAAGGAAACGGCACCGCCAGCGAAAACGCAGAGUACGCCGAUUGCAUUUCUGGCUGCAUCUCCGGCAACUACUACACGUCCACGGGCACAGCAGCUGGGACCGGCACCACAGCAGCCGGCACCGCAGCUACGACUGCUGAGACCACGGCCAAGGAAACGGCUACCGGAAAGACCACUGGAACGGCUACCGGCACUGCUGCGACCAAGUCCAGCUCCAAGACGACCUCCACCUCCACCGGCUCAGCCACAAGCUCGGGCUCGGCUUCGGCCACAGCGGCGAGCAGCGGUGCGGCAGAUGCUCUGCGCCUGGGCUCGUCGGCUUUCGGUCUGCUCGGCUUCGUGGUCGCCUUCCUGGCUCUGUAA